GCGAGGGCAGCACUGAUGCCACUGAGAAAGAUUGCCUUACUGGGAUUUGUAGCAUGUUUUCGUGAAUUGUCAAAUCAGUGUUCAUGUUUUAUUGCUGAAUGGAGAGUGAUGUAAGUUCUGAAGUUGUCAUGUAUGUAUAGUGAAGAAGCUGGCCAAAAUAGGCAUUCAACAAGAUGACUGAGUUUAGCCAAAAAACACCAAGUGGUAAUGGACCACAGUCUGAUUAUGAUCGCCAGUUUGAAGAGGAUUUGGAGCGAGCCCGAGCCCUUAGCCUUGAAAGUUUGGCCUUGGAAAAGUUCAGAAUGCAGAAGCAGCUGGAAAGAAUAUCAGAUUUGUCUGAUACAAAUCAAAGAACACCAUCUGGAUGCAUAUCAUCAGGAAGAAAGCCCAUUGAAAAAUUGGAGCCCAAACCCCGGCCAAGACCUUCUCUGGUUGGUGCACGCGUUUCUCAAAUCCUGGCUCCUCCGCCAAGUGGGCAACGACGCAACAGUGCAGCUGCUGCAGUUCCAUCUAAGCCAGAUGUGGAGUUGAAUACAAAUGACCUAAUUUCCUUCAAUAGUCCAUCUCCCACUGAUAAGACCAAUCAGUGUUCUAUUCAAGAUCUGUGUGGCUCAGAAAGGUUGCAGGCAGCUUCCCAAGAACAACCUCAAGUUACAGUUCGUCUUGAACGAAGUAAAAGUAGUGUUGGCACAAGAUCUAGUUCAUUUUAUACAGCAACAUACUCAAAUCAUCAUACAUUUACUCCCCCUUUGGGUGGACAUCAUGGCAGCUAUCGUGCUGGUAGUUUAGAUAGAAAUGUAAUGCUAGGAGGUCAAACUCAAUUUUUACCACAACAACGAACUUCAGUUCCACAACUUUCAUCUGGAUUUGGACCUAGUCCUUUGCAAACUGAUGGUGCUGUAUAUAAUACUGUUAUCCCUGUAAUGCAGAGCACAAAUGAUUUUCAAGGAAAGCAAAUUUUUGACCAGUCAAGUGUCUCGUGGAGUGCCUUUGAACGUCAAGUUAGCAGUACAAGUAAUACAAGUGUGGAUUCUAAUGUUAGUCUAGAUGUUCUUAAAGUAAUGGAAAAGCGAGAUAAUAAUAAUUUAAUUGAUUUACCCUUAUUCAAUAGUGCAAGUGAAAUAGAUGAGAAGAAUUCUGUGCGAGUGAGUGUUUUGGAUCUAUUUGAUCCCUUGCAUGUAGAUAACAAUUGUAGCAGCCGGAAGACAAGUACUAGCAGUGGGUCCCAUUCUGCACCUGAAUCUGAAAACAAAGCACAAGGUGACUCUUCAAAAGAAGGAGAAGAUGCUGAUUGCUCUGGAAGUGUGUAUGAUCCUUACGAUCCUUUUGAUUAUAUGUAUGCUCCAUCUCACGAUGGAUCUCAGUCAGACCCAGUGUAUGCAGCCGUUGUCCGUGAGAGUACCACUCCAGUUGGCUGCACAUCUCCUCCUCCACUGCCACCACGCAAUUCUGCUGCAUGGAGCACAAUCGAGAGACGCAGAUCAUCUUUGGACAGAAAGCGUAAAACAAAGACGAGGUUGUAUGAAAACAUCCAAGUUCAAAAGUGCAGAGCCGCUCUUCAUGAUGUGGAUCUUCAAGCAUUCCACAAAAUGGUGAAAAACAUACGAAAGGAAUUUCCCUUCAAUGACCAGUACACGAAUGUGGGGCUGGUCAUUAGCCCAACCAUUGAUAGUUAUUAUGCUGAAGGUACGAGCAUAAAACUCAUCGUGCAUUCUAAAAGUGAAGGCAGCCCAGUCAUUUUCACCUGUGAUGUAAAUUCAACUGUAGAGCACGUGAUUCUGCACGUGGUGUGCGAAUUAGAAGGGGAGCUCAGUGGAGACGCCAAAGACUAUGUGCUAAAAGUGUGGGGCUUAGCUGAGUACUUGACCUCGCAUACAUCAUUGGCAGAUUAUGAACAUGUGCACCAGUGCUUGAAACUGGAAAAGGAUGUGGAACUGUCCAUUCUGCAUGUGGAUGAACUGAAGAGACCCCUAGGCAGAACUAUACAAGAUGACAAUAAUGACAGCAUGCUUUCUCUUGAAGAUUUAUUACCUAAUGAACCAGUGCUACCAAUAUCUCAUGAUCAGCUUGUUAUAUUACUAGAAACACUGGAGAAAGAGAUGGAACGUGUACAAAAUGCUGCAGCUCAAAUGAGUGACAUGAAUGAUCCUACUCUUAUGCCUUCCCUACAGUCAACUGGAGUUUUACAAACAGUUAAACUUAUAUGUGCACUCAUGGGUAACAUUGAAACUCAAGAAAUAACUGAAGCAGUGGAAGCAUUUGUAUCUUCAUGUUUACAGUUCAUUCCAUCUUCACAAACUGUUUCUGAUGACACUGUGGGAGUGACUGUCUGUCAUCCAGAAAUUUUGGGAGAAGAUGGCGAUUAUUCUGUGGUUACCUUGCGUAAAACUUCGUCUCGUAGAAGUGAAAUAUUGUCACUUCAUGAAACUAUUUGUGCUAACUGUGAAAAUAUUAGAGUGGCUGUGCAAGGACUGGUAGAGACCUACUGCCAUGCCUUCAGAGUUGAUUUUCAGAUUAGUUCCAGAGCUGAAUUGCCAACAAACACAAAGUCGAGUUGUGAAUUACUAGAUCCUGUAUUAGUUCAUGUGGGUGGUUUACAUAGAUUACUGCAAGGUUGGAAUCAUGAAGAGUUUAUAGUUGCUGCACAGAUAUACCAUGGCACAAGGCCUGUUGGACAUCCAGUUCUGACAAGACCAACCAAGAAAACUACUAAUUUUUCUUCACAUGUUAUGUUUGAUUAUUGGUUGAAUUUUGAAGGCACAAAUAUAUGUAUGCUGCCUCGAGAAUCUCGUUUGGUGUUUGUUGUGUAUGGACAAAUUAUUGUCCCUCCAGAAGGUAAUGAUUCCAAAGAUGCUCCGAGUGAGCCCCAGGUGCAAAAGAUUGAACUUGGAUGGGCAGCUAUGCAGUUCUUCAAUUGUGAAGGUGUGAUGACCCAAGGCAGUUGUUUGCUUUCCCUGUGGCCAGCUGUAGCUGAUAAAAGGUUGGGUCCAGCCCCUGCUCCUGGUACUCGACCUCAUGGAGAUGUCGAUCCAGUUCUGUGGGUUGAAGUUCCAGAGUAUGGCUCUCGCAUUAUGUUUCCACCUCUCAUUGACCCUGAAGUACCUGCACCAAAAUAUGAUUUUAAUAGCUUGGACCGUCAUACCCAAGCUUUACUGGAAAACAUUAGCCAGUCUGAUACAUACGCAAGAACUCCACCAGAAGACAGGGAGAUAUUUUGGGAGAAGCGACAUUACCUUCAUUCCCUUCCAAAUGCAUUGCCAAAAGUGCUUCUUGCAGCUCAUAGUUGGGAUUGGGCUUGUCUGGGAGAUCUCCAUGCAAUGCUACACGGAUGGAGUCAAAUGGACCCUGUGAAUGCUCUGCAGUUACUUCUUCCUUGUUUUCCUGACGUGGAAGUGCGACGAGUUGCUGUAGUUGGUGCAGAAAUGGGAAGUGAAUGAACUUGUGACUACUUGCCUCAACUUGUUCAAGCGUUGAAACAUAGAACAUGGGAAGCCUCACCCUCUUAGCUCGAUUUUUGCUUGAACCUCUCUCACGUCUCUCGUGUUGCACAUCAUCUCUAUUGUUGUUGAUGCAAUUCUGGCCAGGACAGUGUCUCAGAUUCAUCUGAAUGAGUAUUGUUGAAUGAUGCUGGCCUUGGAGAAGCUCGUUACCCAUACGACGUCUGCAGUUGAUGCAUUCGAGCUCUUCUAGGCAAUUUUCUGGUGAAAGCCCUUGCCGACACAAGCGUUUCUUUCUCAACAACUUCUUGUACAGAGUCUGUAUGAAAUUGCUGAAAAUAUAAAAAUUACCAAGGAAACUUUACGCUUAAAUGUCCUUAUACAAGAACUCCAAGUUCUUCAUCAUACUUUAGAGGAAUCUGUCACCUGCUUACCUUUGAGUCCUAGUCUUGAAGUUGGAGGCAUCCAUGUGCGUUCGUGCUCAUAUUUUCCCUCCAACACUCUACCUCUGAAAAUUAACUUUCAGAGCAUAGAAACUGGCAUAAUUCCUGCUAUCUUCAAAGUUGGAGAUGACUUACAGCAAGAUAUGCUCACAAUUCAAAUGGUGCGGAUAAUGGAUAAAUUGUGGUUGAAAGAAGGCCUUGAUCUUAAAAUGGUAACAUUUUCUUGUGUUCCUACAGGUCACAAACGAGGUAUGAUUGAAAUGGUUACCAAUGCUGAGACACUACGAAAAAUUCAAGUUGAGCUUGGCUUGACUGGAUCCUUCAAGGACAGACCUAUUGCAGAAUGGCUAGCUAAACAUAAUCCCUCAGCAUUUGAAUAUGAAAGAGCAGUGAAAAAUUUCACUGCUUCGUGUGCUGGCUACAGUGUGGCCACAUAUAUCCUAGGAAUAUGUGACAGGCACAAUGAUAAUAUUAUGUUGAAAACAUCUGGUCAUCUUUUCCAUAUUGAUUUUGGAAAGUUUUUAGGUGAUGCUCAAAUGUUUGGGAAUUUCAAGCGUGACCGCACUCCAUUUGUUUUAACAUCUGACAUGGCAUAUGUGAUAAAUGGUGGUGAUAAACCAUCUGCAAAAUUUCAUCAUUUUGUAGAUUUAUGCUGUCAAGCAUUUAAUAUUGUGAGGAAACAUGGAAAUUUGAUUCUUAACCUAUUUGGCUUGAUGACUUCAUCAGGAAUACCUGGUGUCACAAUGGAUGCUGUCCAUUAUGUCCAAAAAGCUCUUCUUCCUGGUUUGUCAAAUCCAGAAGCUGCAGCUAUGUUUGCUCGUAUGAUAGAAAGCUCGUUGAAAUCUUGGUUUACCAUUCAAUUUCUUUCUUCAUAAUUUGGCACAACUUCGAUUCACUGGAGACCAUAAUGAUGGAGAAUUACUCAGUUUUAUUCCACGAACAUACUCUGAUGCAGCAAGAGGGACGAUAAGAGUGUGUGUUUAUGGAUCAGAAGAGAUAUUGAUCCUGAAAAGUAUAUGUAUCCAUUCUACGCAUUGAAAGAGCUAAACCCAGAUCCAACUUAUUUGUUUCGAUCUUACAAAGAAUUUUUGGAAUUUCACCAGAAGUUGUGCAUACUUUUUUCGCCUGGCUAAUAUCACAGUUUACCUACUGGAAUCUCUAUGGGUCGUUCAAACAUAAAGCAAGUUGCUGAAAAACGCAAAGUGGAAAUAGAACGAUUUUUGAAAUCUCUUUUUAUGAUGGCUGAUGAAAUUUCCCAUUCUGAUUUGGUGUACACAUUUUUUCAUCCUCUUCUUCGUGAUCAGCAAGAAGCUAACAUUCAUGCUAAGAAAGUCAAAGAGCCAAAAGUUCGACGAGAAAGCGGUUUAGAAUGCUGGCAAGUGCGUGGUCAAUUGAAGCUCUCCUUUCACUAUCAAAGACAGCCUGGUAUUUUGAUGGUGAUGGUGCAUCAUGCGCGAGGUUUGCCCACUGUAGCUGGUGGGCAAGAGCCGUCACCGUAUGUAAAGGUUUACUUGAAACCUGACCCUUCUAAAAUUACCAAGAGGAAGACUAAAGUUGUGAAAAGAAAUUGUCAUCCCACAUUUAUGGAAACGCUGGAGUACCGAAUGCCUUUAGAGGUUGUACGUCAUCGUCGCCUGGAGGCUACUGUUUGGAAUCAUGAUGCACUACAAGAAAAUGAAUUUCUUGGUGGAGUUGUUCUGCCUCUGUGUAGUGUUGACUUGACUUCAGAAACUGAUGAAUGGUAUUCUUUAGGAAAUGUGACGAGAUCUUGAGAUCUUUAAAUUGUUGAUAAGCUCUAAAACUACUGGGAAUUGCAUCCUUUAAGGAUGAGCUGUAAAUUCACCAAAUGCAAAUUUGUAAUUUUGUUUUAAGAAGUUCGAAAUGCAAGUGUAGGGUACUUGCAGAACAUGUGCUCCAAGCCAGUUGAUGCCUAUUCACAAUGCACUAAUGAAUUUUUGUUCCUUGGAUAUAAAUGUUAUACAAGUUUUAGAUACCUUUUUUCUAUUUAUUGUUCAGUAAAUAAAAUGCAUAUUCUGAAAA